UUCUAGGAUUAUUUUUCCUUACACAAAAUCCAAACAACUCCUCAAUCUGGACUGAAGGAGCGAUUAUAUUUGUAGGGGCAAAGGGCCAGGCUACCGCCGGAUAAUCUGCAGCUUCAUUCAACGAAGUAUUGCUCAGCUCAAAGUCAGAGGGAGAAAUUCAUUGAGUUUAAUGCUGAGUGAUUGAAGGUAUUAAUCCAUUGACAGCACCACGAAAAUGAAUGUUGUAGCAUCGCCAUUGCAAGUACCAUAUUGCUGCUGUACAAAAUCCCUAAGCAGGAAUCGGAACAGAAAUCCAAAAUGUGUGGCCUCAGCCUCUGGCGCUACUUCUCUUGUAAUUGAUGAUACCAUUCAAGGGCAAACUUCGACUUCAAUGGAAACCCCAACGACACAGUCAGUUACAGCACGUCGACUCAUAUUGCUUCGACACGCAAAGAGUUCUUGGGACAAUCGCUCCAUUCGGGAUCAUGAUCGUCCUUUGAGUAGAGCUGGACAACUAGAUGCGAUCAAGGUCUCGCAAAAGCUCCUAGAAUUGGGCUGGAUUCCAAAACUUAUUUUAUCAAGUGAUGCAAUGAGAACGCGGGAAACACUGAAAAUAAUGCAGGAGCAAGUCCAAGCCUUCUUGGAAGCUGAAGUACAUUUUAUUUCAAGCUUUUAUUCUGUUGCAGCGAUGGACGGGCAGACCGCUGAGCACCUACGACAAGCAAUUUGUAAAUACUCGAGGGAUGAGAUCUUUACAGUCAUGUGCAUGGGUCAUAAUAGAGGAUGGGAGGAGGCAGCCUCAAUGUUUUCAGGUGUUACUGUGGAACUAAAGACUUGUAAUGCUGCUUUGCUUGAAGCCACUGGGAAGUCGUGGGAAGAGGCAUUUUCUCUGGCUGGACCUGGUGGGUGGAAACUUCAAGGGCUUGUGAAGCCAGACACUGCUGUUUAGAGUUAUAUCAGUUAAAGGAAUAUAAUCAGCCAUUUGAGAACCAGCAGCCACAAAAUUGCAGGAUAGAAGCAGAGUGAAUUAAAAUUUGUCAAUUGUUCGUUCCGAUCCGUAUUCAGGUAUCUUACUAACACCACCACCCAGGCCUUCACUUACGUUCGACACUGUCAUUAAGAUGUAUAUUGUCUUUGUACUCAAAGGUUGAUUUUCACUCACAAGGUAGAGGCUAUGCCAACAAUCUCAUUGUAGAAUAACUUUGUUGGAUAAUUCAAGCCUGCUUGUCUUGCUAGAUUUAUACUCAUGUAACCACUAUGUAGCAGAACAAUAAAUUUGUAAAUUUGAAUAUGGCCAAAAGUUUGUAGUUCUUGCACAUUUUUCUGGUUGAAUUCAUAAAUUUAAUGCCGAAAUUGAUAUGGAA